ACAAAAAACAAACCAGUUGAUAAACCCUGACAAAUAUACUCUUCAAAAACCCCAACAAUCAAAGAAAAAACACACAAAAAAAUGUGGCGCACCAUUGACGCACAGCUAAGAGCCGCGCGUCUCUUCCCUUCUCUCUUCUCAUCUUCUUCACAAUCACAAGCUCUUCACUUCUCACUCAAACCCAUCCGUACAUUCCUCACCACUAACCCAAAACCUCACCACACUCUCUGCUUAGUCCCCAAAACCCUAAACCUCCGCACCAUUUUCACCACCGCCACCGACUCGAUUUCUUGCCUUGCAAGUCUGACUGUGGUACGGUGCGUUUCGUCGUUCUCUCCUGCGGGUUCAUUGGACUGGAACGAGCCCGUUUCGUGCUCCGAGGUCGGCGAGGGCAACGGCGACGAUGACAACCUUGACGAAGACAACAAACCUUGUAUUCCUGUUCGCGCUUAUUUCUUCUCUACUAGUGUGGACUUGAGAAGCUUAGUGGAACAGAAUAGGCAAAAUUUUAUCCCACCAACGUCUCGUAUGACUAAUUAUGUUGUUCUUAAGUUUGGCAAUCUUUCUGAGAUCAAUGGUUUGGGUGCGUCCUUAAGCGGAAGUAACUGCUGUUACAUGGUAGUUUUUCAGUAUGGCUCCAUCGUCUUGUUUAAUGUCCGUGAACAUGAGGUUGAUGGGUAUCUGAAAAUUGUACAAAAACAUGCUUCAGGAUUACUACCUGAAAUGAGAAAGGAUGAGUAUGAGGUGAGGGAGAAGGCAUCAUUGAACACGUGGAUGCAAGGUGGAUUAGAUUACAUUAUGUUGCAGUACCUGAGUACUGAUGGGAUCCGUACUAUUGGUAGUGUUCUUGGCCAAAGUAUUGCUCUUGAUUACUAUGUGCGCCAGGUUGAUGGAAUGGUUGCAGAAUUUACUGAUAUAAAUCGUGAGAUGGAAACGACUGGAAAGUUCAAAAUGAAGAGGAAAAAACUUUUUCAGUUAGUGGGAAAGGCAAAUUCUAAUCUUGCUGAUGUGAUUCUUAAGCUUGGGCUUUUUGAGAGAUCGGACAUUGCCUGGAAGGAUGCAAAAUAUGCUCAAAUAUGGGAAUAUCUCAGAGAUGAAUUUGAAUUGACUCAGAGAUUCGCUAGUCUUGAUUUCAAGUUGAAGUUUGUGGAGCACAAUAUCCGCUUUCUUCAGGAAAUUCUUCAGAAUAGGAAAUCAGAUUUUCUGGAGUGGCUCAUUAUUGCACUGAUAGGUGCCGAAAUACUUUUAUCUGUUUAUGACAUUGUCCAUAGGUCAGCACUUAAUCUUUAGGACUAAUUUCUGUUGGAGCCUUGCAACAAUCACCAAAUGUUACUACAAAAAUUUGACACAAAAACGAGAGUGAAAUAUUCGGUGAAAUUUUUUUGGUGGGUGUAGUUAAACGUUCCAUUUCCGUUGAUACACAAGGCCAGAACUAAUGCAUUGUUUGGUUCAUUGUUACUUUGCAAUGCAUCAUACUAUUUACUAGUCCAUUUUGUAAUUUGUAUAUAAAUAUUUGAACCGUAUUGAUAAUUAUAGUACUAUUCUUCUGAAUCA